UGUGUUAUUAGACCUCACAACUUUUUUUAAUUUUAUUGGAAUACAAUCAAAAGAGCUUCUCAACUAAAAAGGUAGAGAUUUAUAUAUGGCGAGAGCGAACGUGGCUAAUCCUGGCCGUGGCGACCGUAGGAGAGGCGGUGGAGCAAGAGAGGACGACAAGUCGGUCUUCAAGACGACCACAGGGGUUGAGGCCGUCGCGAGUUUCGAAGACAUGGGAAUUAACGAGAAUGUUCUUCGUGGUCUCUACCAGUACGGUUACGAGAAGCCAUCGGCCAUUCAGCAGAGGGCUAUCAUGCCGAUUCUCCGAGGGCGAGAUGUUAUUGCUCAAGCCCAGUCCGGUACAGGAAAGACCUCUAUGAUUGCCCUAUCCGUCUGCCAAGUCGUUGACACUUCGUCUAGAGAGGUUCAGGCCUUGGUAUUAUCCCCAACAAGAGAGCUAGCUUCACAAACAGCGAAGACGAUACAAGCUAUAGGAUUACACGCCAAUAUCCAUGCACAUGCAUGCAUCGGUGGGAAGAGCAUUGGAGAAGACAUCAGGAGGCUGGAGCAUGGUGUUCAAGUUGUGUCUGGGACACCUGGUCGUGUCUGUGACAUGAUAAAGAGGCGAAGUCUACGCACCAGAGCUAUUACAAUUCUGAUUCUUGACGAAUCAGAUGAGAUGCUGAGCAGAGGAUUCAAGGACCAGAUCUAUGGUGUUUACAGAUAUCUUCCACCGGACCUACAGGUUUGCUUGGUUUCUGCAACUCUUCCUCGGGAGAUUUUGGAGAUGACAAGCAAGUUCAUGACGGAUCCAGUGAAGGUACUUGUGAAGCGUGAUGAGUUGACUCUUGAUGGAAUCAAACAAUAUUUUGUUGCUGUCGAGAAGGAGGAGUGGAAACUUGAAACACUCUGUGAUCUUUACGAGACACUUACCAUUACCCAAGCUGUUAUCUUCUGCAACACAAAACGAAAGGUGGACUGGCUUAGUGAGAGUAUGAGGAGUAGCAACUUUACUGUCUCAUCAAUGCAUGGGGACAUGCCACAGAAGGAGAGAGACGAGAUCAUGAAUCAGUUUCGGGGAGGUCACAGUCGCAUAUUGAUCACAACAGAUGUAUGGGCACGUGGGAUCGACGUGGAUCAAAUUUCUCUUGUCAUCAAUUAUGAUCUCCCCAACAACCGUGAGCUCUACAUUCAUCGUAUCGGACGGUCUGGUCGUUUCGGGCGUAAGGGUGUUGGAAUCAACUUUGUUAAAAACGACGAUAUCAAGAUUCUCCGGGACAUUGAGCAGUACUACAGUACGCAGAUUGACGAGAUGCCAAAUAAUAUAGCUGAUCUUUAA